AUAUUUGGGAGCCUAAUCAAACAAGUACUUUAUCCAACAAAAAAUGGUUUAUCACUUUCACGGAUGAUCAUACUAGACUUUGUUACAUAUAAGGGGUUGUUGAAAGAAAAAUCUGAGGUAGGUCAAAUAAUUCAAAACUUUUGUAAAUUGGUGCAGACACGGUUUAACACCCAAAUACAAGUGUUUAGAACUGACAAUGGUAUUGAAUUUUUUAAUAAAAUUGUUGGAAAUUUUUUUCUUGAAAAUGGAAUUGUGCAUCAAAGUUCAUGUGUUAACUCACCCCAACAAAAUGGGAUUGCACAGAGGAAAAACGGACACCUUCUUGAAGUUGCACACCCCAACAAAAUGGGAUUGCACAGAGGAAAAACUGACACCUUCUUGAAGUUGCACACCCCAACAAAAUGGGAUUGCACAGAGGAAAAACAGACACCUUCUUGA